AUGAGUGCUACUGCGACCAGUCAGCAGGUGUCGGGAACCGAACCGGAGAGCACCGCCGCGGUGAACACCGUUUUGGCCAGUCAGGAGAGGUCGGAAGCGGAAGGGUCUAACGAUGCUUCGGCCAGUCCGCAGGGAUCGGAAACGGUACCAGCGAGCACCGCCACGGUCGAGCGCGUAAAUCAACCACCGCCGCCAGCCAGUUCAGCUCUGCCGGUGUCUGCCCCAAAACGUCCGCCGUACAAAAUCAUUGUGCAGCCGCCCCGAGCCCGACCACCGUCUUCGCGUCAAAGCUCACCGCCGGGAUCGGUAUCGGUCAGUAUACAACGUUCGCCGCGGGGUUCGGGCUCUGGUCUUGCGUCUUCUCCGCAGGGCUCGGUCGCUAGCCGCACGCGCGGUGCCCAAGUGGCUUCGACCAGCAGCGACCGUCAACCGCGACCCACCGUGGCGGCUCCUGGCAGCUCAGCAUCCAGGCCGGGGUCUGGACGCCGCGUGACCUCGCCGGUGUGGAACAAGGCUUACUCCCCGCCCCGGCGUCGAGCUCCCAAGCGGUGCAACGCAAAGGCACCUACAGCCACCCGGACCACCCGUAAGGUCAAUAAGCGAGCCCCCAAACAACGGAAGCGCGCGAGUGACCGUGCCGCUGGUUCCGCCGAAACUGCACGCGCUUCUUACGGCGACCAUCGCAUUAGGAGGGUGACCACGAUCGAAAUCGAUGGCAAAACGUGGCCAGUGUUCGAGUGGAUCCACACAAUUGGGGAGUGGAAACACUACAAUGGUAGCCAGGCGUUCUUCGCUCCAACGAAAUUUCAUCUGGUGGAUAGUCGCGAUGUAGGAAAUGGAUACACCGAGGUCGCCGAAAUUAUGGAGGAUCUGCAGAAACGCGUGGCCCACAACGGAUCUCGCUACUUCCAAUGUCCGUUUUGCUUCAUUAUCUUUGGGGCAAUGGGGCGGCCGGAUGUAGUCUACCGCCACAUUCAUGGAGCGAAGGGUAAAAAGGGAAUGAACUUUCCCUGCCCAAAGUGGCGCGAAAGGGACCGGCGUCGGGACUAUCUUUUGGGACAGUUUCCCAUCAGCCUGAAGCUCCGUUUCUGGUACAAGGAUGCCCAGAUGAACUUCUGCAACCCUGGAUCGCGCACGUGGCCGAAAUCGGCAGCCUCGUGGUUUAUAUGGCUGCGCCCUGAAGACGUGGAGGAGGCUAAUGUGUAGCGCACCCUGAAACACCUGCCUCUUUAUGAACAGCCUGGAGUUGUAGCGCCGGGUCCCUCUGCCAGCAACGAGGAUGUGCAGGUGCUGGAUGCAGACUCCGAUGAGGAGGAUGAUGAUGACGACGACGAAGACGAAGAAGAGGAUGAUGACGACGUGGAGUACUUCGACGGUUCAGAAGCGGAAGAAGAUUUUGA